AUGUCAAGAUACAAUCAUCAUUAUCUUCUAAGAAGUUAUUCUCAUUCUACAAGAAGAGAUAGCUUAAAUUACUUAAGAAGCUGUUAUAGAAGUCGAUCUCCAAGUAUUCAAAGAAGACGUUCACCAACACGUCAGAAUUCAAGAAGUAAUAAAAGUUAUAGGAAUGCUGACAUUGAAGCUUUAAGCAAUGUUGUCAAAACAUCAGUCGAGUCAUUAGCCAAAUCAACUUCUUGUAGAAACAUAUCUGUUAGUCCAGAAUAA